GGCAGCAGGAGCGCUUCCCCUUCUCGUCUCCCCCCAAUUCGAUCCGCCUCCAAAUUUGGUUCGAUUCGAGGAGCGAGUGGAGCAAGGGCCGAGGCGGCGGAUUCCGGGGAGGAGGGAGAGAUGGACCAGGUGCUGAACAAGGUGGGGAGCUACUGGUUCAGCAAGAGGGCGAGCAAGGAGAUCGACUCCAUCGGCGACGACCUCAGCUCAAUCUCCACUAGCAUUGGAUCUGGAGCUAAAUGGAUGGUGAACAAAAUCAAAGGGAAGAUGCAGAAAGCAUUGCCAGACCUUCUCAAGGAAUAUGACAUGCCCGCAGGCCUCUUCCCAAGGGAUGCUACUAACUAUGAGUUCAACGAGGAGACAAAGAAGCUUACAGUGUACAUCCCUUCAACCUGCGACGUUGGAUACAAGGAUUCGUCAGUUCUGCGAUUCUUUACCUGUGUGACCGGCUACUUGGAGAAGGGAAAGCUCUCUGACAUCGAGGGCCUGAAGACGAAAGUGCUCGUUUGGACCAAGGUGACUGCCAUCAAGACCGAGGGGUCGAAGGUUCAUUUCACUGCUGGCGUGAAGAAGACCCGCAGCCGCGACGCAUAUGAGGUGGUCAGAGAUGGUAUCACCAUAGACAAGUUCUAAGCUCGUACCUGGCAUGAAAAAUGUGAUGUAAUUAGUGAGAUGAAUUCCCUCUGCAACAUGUACUAUCAAUUGUCACAUCGGUUAUGACCUACUACUAUUUAACUGAUUAAUUGUAUUGCCAUAAUAUUGAUUGUCAUGACCCACAAGUGUUUCAAAGCAUCUUAAAAUUUUUGUGCUUAUUUGCUCGUGAUUGU